UUUCUACCUCGACUGGAUCGUUGUAUUCGAGGCAUGGCAGACCGAGUAUCCAACAAAAUUAAUGAGUAUCGCCCGGAGGUACCAGCGUGGGUUGAGGCGGCAAUGCAUACGUAUGAUGGCGAUGAGGACUGGGAGAGCGACAGCGAGCACACCAAAUCCAUUCCAGCAACGAAAGUUACUGGUGGUGAUGAUGCCUACCUGAGAAACCUUCUGCCUCGUCUCCAGAUCACCGAUGCGUCUUCGCCUUCGAAGCCAGAUAACUACAGGAUUUCACCAGUCACACCCCAAUCGGCAGCAGUCUCUUCAGCAACACCUGCUUCUUCGGAAUCGGAGAAACAGCAGCCAACUGUCCAGAGUGUGAUUGAGGAUUGGUCUGGAAGGGGAACUCAUGUUGAUUUCCUUCCGAAUGAAAUCGUUCCGCUGGAGCAAGGUCGGUUCCUCGGUCACGGUUCCAUGGGCGGCGUUUACGAGACUACUGUCCAAGGACACGCUUUUGCAUGGAAAAAGAUCUAUUGCCGACGGAAGAUUGGAGAUAAGGAAAAGAAGGAGAUUGCGAUAUUGAAAAAGGUGUCUCAUGAGCAUAUUAUCAGACUCGCCGGAUCUUAUACGCACGGGCAGUUCCUCGGUUUUCUAUUGCAUCCCGUGGCCGUGUGCGACCUUGCCACAGUUCUGGAGGAUGUUGAAGCAUUAUUCAACGAUAGCGCAGACUCGACACAGACGGAAAGACUAAGGACAUUAGAUUUACUGGACACAAGAGACCAUGUCUUUUCCAACAUUAUGCUUUCUAGGGUGGGGUGCAUUGCUCGAGCUGUCGAGUAUCUUCACAAUCACAAGAUCCGACACAAGGAUCUGAAACCUUCCAAUAUAUUGCUGUCGGCGAACGGCAUGUGGCUGACUGACUUUGGGACUGCGACGGAUUUCUCGCUCCAGACUGUCAGCACGACAGAUAACUGGGAAAGGGGAACGCCGAAAUACUUUGCUCCCGAGGUUGCAAACUACAAACCUAGUGGCAGAGCCGCAGAUAUCUUCUCUUUGGGCUGCGUUAUCCUGGAGAUUCUUCUGAUAUGCCAACACGACACGCUGGAAGAAAUUCGACAGGUCCGCAGUGAGCUAGAUAAAUCUUUCCAUGCCAAUCUUUCCCGAAUCACGAAGUGGGUAAGAGAGAACCUCUUCACAGCGACACUGUUUGAGGGUCAGUUGGGCAUCAUUAUCUGCCACAUGUUGGAAGAAGAUGCUGGCGAUAGACCGGAUGCAGGGCGAGUUUGCAAACAGCUAUCGUUCAUUGACACGGACUUGACGGACCAGGGUAGAGAUGGUCUUUUCGACAAAUGCUGUCGGAGAGCAUUCAUUUCCGUUGAAGAUCACGAAGUCGGCCUAGAAAAGAAGUUGACAUCCAGUAGUCACAGAUCUCAGCUGAAGCUCUUGGAAGUCUUGAAGAGGCAUCAACGACAAAUGGAAACUCAGAAACGGGAACUCGAGGACCAGUUCGCCUCGGAAAACGCUAAGCUCCGACAAGAGAUUGCAGCAUUCACAGAGAUUCUCGAAAACGAAGAUGCAAAACAGAUUCGACAGAAGUACCCUGAUUGUCCGGUAUGUAGGACAGUGUUCCCUUCGAACGACGACGUCGAACAACACAUGAACAAAAAGCACCCCGCAAAGGAUCGAGUCUGGGUGGAUGCGUCGAAAAGACGAGAUACCGUGCCUCGAAUGCUUGUGGGAGGGAUGCGCGAACCGAAGAACCGGCAUCCAUUGGAACAGAGCAAAAGAGAACGAGACAGGAUACGCAGGAUAAUGCAAGUGGAAAUGUCAACAAACGCGUCAGAGAAUCGGUUACGGCAAGUGCCGGAGAAAUCAUUUGUAUGCCAGUAUUGUCCGAUGAUAUUGCAGUUUGGCACCCCAGGUUUACACGAACAGCAUUGGCUGGUCAAUCAUUCUGGCGAGGCUACGCUCGAGGAGUAUUGGGAAUUGUCAGAGGUAGAUGUAUAUCCUGAAAGCCGACCCACGUCAUGUUUGGUGUGUUCGAAGAGAUUCGAAUCGCAGCUGUCCCUCCAAGCGCACUGGGAGGCAGAGCAUAGCCAGACGGAGUCAUCCAACCACCAUAUAAGAGAUCUACAAACGGACCAUUCUGAAGAAAAGAGGGCGGUGAUAGUUGGGCCGCCACCUGGUGCCCCAGGAUAUCAAGGAUCGAAGAGGGAUGCUAUAGAUGCGAGAAGCCGGAAAGCCCCAUAUCGGUUUAAGGUUCCAGAGCUCUUGAGGUGAAGGCACGAUUGAUGACCUGAGUCGUCGUGACCAAUCAUGGCGGCCGGUGCGCUCAAUUUCGUGGUUUGACCAAUCCGAUUGCGUUGUGUUUGUCCGGAUGCAGAAUCGGCGCAUUUACACAAGCGAUGAAGCGACGCGAUUGGCGCAGCCGAUGAACAAAAGAAUCACAAGCAAGAAAUGUCGAAACGCCCACCAAUGAUUCGAUCGGGGUGGCGAUUGGAACAUGUUUGCGUAACAUGUAGACGACGCACCCAAGCUCUUUUUUUUUCUUUUCUUUUUUCUUUUCCCUCCUCCUUGUAGAAUUUUCUUUUUUUCUUUCUUUUCUUCUAGCUUGCGACAGCAGAUUGCGACGAUGCAAAAGCGUUAGAGGGCAGAAGCAGGGCAGCCCCAGGGCAAGGCGGCGGGUCCCCGAGCGAACUAGAGGGUUAAUGGGACGAUCAGCGCAGCCAAAACGGCCUAAGGCGAUUGGGCCCUGCAUGUGCAAAUCUCCAGCCCGACACCCCUUUGCUGUGCAUACAACAUCUAUCUAUUCAACGGGGACGUCGGAUUGUUUCUCGCACCCCGAAAACACAU